UGAUUUCGAUUACAUAAAUUGAUUAUUUUAUUCGCGAUAUUAUAUGUAUGUAUGUAUGUUUGUAUGUCUGUCUCUCUGUAGCUCUCUGUAUGUAUAUUCUGUAGGGGUCUUUCUUCUUCAACGCUUCUCCAACUCCUUCUUCCUCCCAUUUAAAUUUUAUCCAUCCGUUCCCGAUCUUUCCAUCACGUUUUUUCUCCGACGGUUUUCUGCAAAGGUCUGUGUCUAUGCGAGGGUAAAUAGAUACACAGCUGAGUAAUUUUGCCCUAUUUGAAAAGGGGGAAAAAAAAAUGCCGGCGUGGUGGGGGAAAAGAUCUGGUAAGAGCAAGGAAUCGAAGAAUUCCGAAAAGAGUUCGUCGGUGAAGAGCGAGAGGGAGGAGAGUGAGAACAAGGUCAGGAGCUUUGACGACGUUUUACUGCAGCGGCCAUCGAGAAAUUCGCCGCGAAGCAGCCGGGAAUUUUCGUCAACGGGGCGGGAGCUUUUGGGGGGACGAAACUCGUCGGGGUUUUCAGGGUUUGAUUCAGCUUCGUCGCUCGACAGAGGACUGCCGUUGCCCCGGCCGCCGUCGGAGCCGGCAAAUGAUCCGGGUCAUGGAGUUGGGCUCGGAUCCGGGUGGUCCGGUUCUGUUUCGAGCGUCAGUUCAUCUGGGUCGUCCGAUGAUCAUAAUAAUACCCACGCCACCGUCGAUCAUCCCACCGCCCGGGGACAGGGGGAUAACAGAUUAAGUCCGAUAAUGAGAAGCCCGGGGCGAGGGUCAAGGGGCACUGCAAAUCCUACAUCGCCUAUUCAUGCCCGCCUUAGCGGGAUCAGUUUGGAUUCUCCGGGAUCGAAACAGGAAUUCGAGGGUCAUAGGUUGCCCCUUCCACCUGUUUCUCUUUCAAGCACUUCUUCGACACCAAGAAGUCCUGGAAUAUCUGAAAGCUCGAGCAGUCAUUCUUCGAAGUGGAGGAAAGGGAAGCUUUUGGGAAGAGGCACUUUCGGGCAUGUUUACCUUGGCUUCAAUAGUGAGAAUGGGCAAAUGUGUGCAAUUAAAGAAGUCAAAGUUGUUUCAGAUGAUCAAUGUUCGAAAGAAAGUCUCAAGCAGCUGAACCAGGAAAUAACAUUGCUAAGUAAGCUUUCACAUCCAAACAUUGUGCAAUACUACGGAAGUGAUUUGAGUGACCAAAGGCUAUCGGUUUAUUUGGAGUAUGUUUCUGGAGGCUCCAUCCAUAAAUUACUGCAAGAAUAUGGGUCGUUUGGGGAACCCGUUAUACAAAACUAUACCAGGCAGAUUCUCUCUGGUCUGGCUUAUUUACACGGACGCGAUACAGUUCACAGGGAUAUCAAAGGAGCAAACAUACUGGUAGAUCCCAACGGUGAAAUAAAACUAGCCGACUUUGGAAUGGCGAAGCAUAUAGCGACAUGUUCAUCGAUGUUGUCCUUUAAAGGAAGCCCUUAUUGGAUGGCGCCUGAGGUGGUUAUGAAUACGAACGGUUACAGUCUUCCUGUGGAUAUAUGGAGCUUAGGAUGCACAGUUCUUGAAAUGGCUACAUCGAAGCCACCUUGGAGCCAAUAUGAAGGGGUUGCUGCAAUAUUUAAAAUUGGGAACAGCAAAGAUAUGCCUGAGAUCCCGGAUCACCUAUCUGCCGAUGCAAAAAGUUUCAUAAGGCUUUGCUUGCAGCGGGACCCUUCAGCAAGGCCAACAGCUACCCAGCUGCUCGGUCACCCUUUUGUUAGAAACCAAACUGCAGCACGAACUGCCAAUGUCAAUAUAACACGAGAAGCAUUUCCACGUGCCUUUGAUGGAAGUCGCACUCCGACUGCAUUGGAGAUGCAUUCCAGCAGAACAAACGAGAGUUGUUUUGAUCGAGGAGAUGUUUCAAGAUUAACGGUCCCGAGGACUCUAUUAAGCCCCAGGGACCAUGCUAGGACAAUAACCUCAUUGCCCGUGUCUCCCACUUCAAGCCCGUUACGUCACGAUGCUGGAGCAUCGUAUAGAAACUUCUUCCUUUCCCCGCCUCAUCCAUACACUUCGACAACCCAAAGCAACCACACUUUCAACAACGAUCACUUGGUAUUUCCGUUAAAACCCAACUCAAGAAGCCCGAUCGACCCAUGGCUCGACAUCCCACAGUAUAGGGCUCAAGAACCUCUUAAAUUCCCUACAAGAACUUUGCUAUAGACCUUACUCACAGGAAUCUUUCGAACACGCACAAAUCCUCUACAAUAACACGUGUGGAAUAGCCACGAUCGUGGGAGUUGUUGCUUUUAUAAAGUUAUGUUGCUAGGCUGGGAAGAUUGAUGAGUAGCAGCAGCAUCUCAUGUACAUGAAAUAGUCACAAUAGAGUUGAAAAAUGGGGGGAUGCAGAAGGUUAAUUGAAUUUAACUCCCAUUGUUACUACUCUACUCUGUAAUUAGACCCUUUUGCUUCUUUUUUCCUCAUGAUGUUCAUGUAUAAACCAAGAAACUGCUGCUAAUAUCUAA